AUGGUUGCCGUUGGCGACAGUGUUACCAUCAAUGGAACGACAGGUGUGGUGAAGUACUUGGGGGAAGUUCGAUUCGCCGAAGGAGUUUGGUGUGGAAUCGAGUUAGAUAAAGUUAUUGGCAAAAAUAACGGCAGUGUACAGGGUGUCAGAUACUUUGAUUUAGAUAAGAAAGGGAAAAAUUAUGGCCUAUUUGCUAGUUUAGAAACCUUGAAGAAGUUUGCUCAUACCAGAAACAGUGGUGAUCUUUUGACUAGAAAUAAACGAGAAAAUGGCUCAAGGGCAAAUGACGCAGAUGGAAAAAGCGGAAAGAUAGAGCUGUAUGGUAAAUCCAACGUUAUAUCUCAGCUUCACUUGCAGUUAGAAAAACUAACUAUUAAUGAAGCUGAUCUCUCCUCAAAAAAUCAAUUAUUGGAGGAAGAAUUGGCCUCUCUCAGAAAACGAAACGAAGAGUAUUUUAGCCAGAUUAUACGCAUGGAAGAGGAAUUGAAUUUUAUCAAUAAAGUUACUGGAGAAGAUAUUGAAGAGGACAAAAUUGACUUAGUAAGUUCUCUGAAGAAAAUUAAGUUGCUGGAGUCAUCUGUAAAUAAAUUGGAAAGACUACUUGAUGACCUGCUAAAACAAUAUGAAGAGGUAGUUCUUGAAAACAGCGAUCUCUCGACUAAAAAUCUGAACCUUGCUGAGCAACUUGACAAAUCGUAUAAAGAACUCGAAGAAACAAAAAGGACAAUUGCAGACUUGACACAAGGCUCAGAAGUGCAAGCGACUUCAGAAAGCGUUAUUAAUUUUCUCACAGUACAAAAUAAUGACUUAUCAAAGAAGGUAGAGUCUCUCGAACAAGAAAUAAAGAAACUUACCGCUCAGUAUGAGAUGCACAAGUCGAUGGAAGGGGCCUACAUUGAAGUGGAAAGAGAAUUGAACGACCAAAUCCAGUUUUUCAAGUGCAACUUAGAAGAGACAAAAGAAAAGCUACUUGAGCAAGAAUCAUUGAACACCAGCUUACAAAAAGAAAUUGACUUGAAGUCACAUACCCCCAACGACUAUGAAGUAGAAGAUUUCAAGAUAAAAAUUCUUUCUUUGGAAGAACAAGUGCGCAAAGCGACCUUUUUAGGGAAGUUGGGUGAAUUAUAUUUUGAAGCCGACAUAGUUGAUCUUGAAGUUUUGGAAAUGCAGCUUGAGAUGUUGAGUAAUUUUGAGAUAAUGAGCCUGGGGAAUACCCUGAACGAAAAGCUCUCACUUUACUUCAUACUGACCCUACUUAAAGGCGUCACUACCUUUUUAAAGGAGGCCAAUCCUACCAAAAUCGAUUCUCUUCAAGUAAAGACGUUCAUCAAUUGCUUCUGUAAGAUUUCAUCGUGGAGCUCUCAAAUGGUGGAUGGGAAUAUUUCAAAUGAUUUGCCCCAGUUAUCUGACAUAUGGCAGUUUCUAGACAAAACUGUGUCCCAGCUUGAGAGUCCUCUACUGUGCAUUUACAUUAUUAAUGGUAUUUUUUUCCAAUUUAUACCUAGACUACUGAACUUCACUGCUUUUCAAAGCAUUUUUAGUUCUGGAGCCGUGAGUGAAUUUUAUUCUGUCUCUCUGACCAUUGAAAACCGAACAGGAAAGAUUUUAGAAGAAUAUGAGAGUCAGAAGCCAGCAAAUUUGAGUUUUAAUACGCAACUAACUUUCACGGAACUUAUAGACGAAACUUAUGAUAUUAUUCUCUCUGUGAUAGAUUCUUCGGCCGCUGAAAGCUCGAAGUUACUGGCUCAUUUUAACAAAGUUUUAGAGGUGGUUUCCACACCAUUUGCAUUUGUUACAGUUGGGCAAAAUGAAGGUGACCAGAAAAAAUCAAAGCUUGAAAACGGAAGUGAAGCAAAUAGUAAUAUUGUUAAUGGACUCAAAAAUUCUCUGAGGGAUAUGGAAGCCAAACUGCAAUCAAAUAAGGAGUACGUUAAUGAGUUACUGGUGACAAUUGAAUUUUUAAAAAAUAAAGGUAGAAUUAUAGAAAGUAGCGAGCAAACAGUUGAAGAGCUGAAGUUACAGCUCAAAGAAGCGGAAGAAAGAGAGAAGCUCCUAAGAAACAAGAUCUCUGACCUUCAAUCGAGGCUCACUCAAUCACUUGAACAACUAGGUCACGAGAAAAACAAGCAAUUUGAAUUACUAUCUAAGAGAUCUAUGGGUGGAUUAUUUUCGAACAAAGACGAACUAGAGAAGGUGGACCUCAUAUCUGAAAUCGAAGGUCUUCGAUGGCUGCUUCGACAGAAAAAUGACCAUAUAUUGAAAAAUGCCUUGGAAGAUAUUUCCGCCAUGCCUGAACCACACUUACAAAUACGAAAUAAAGAAAAAACUUUGACAAAAGAUUUAGGCACGUUGCAUAGAGAGAUUUCGAGGAUGAUAAAGUAUGCCGAGAUUGAGCCUAUUUAUGAGACAAAAAUGAUACAAAGUAAAGCUGUCACGAGACGUCCAAUCACAUCUAAAUUUAAUGAAAAUUAUGGGGCAAGACUUAAAAAUAAAAGGAGGAAUAUUAAUAAUUUUAUAAAAAGUGCAUGUGUAUGA